AUGAUUGUUUCAAGAUUAAAGGCCAUUUCCCUGUCAUUACCAAGCCUUUUUCUUCUUGCUUUUCAUCUCUCAGCAACACAGAAUGUACCUGAACACACUGAAGCUGAACAUCAGCAAUGUGUUAGGAAAGAACACCCCACAAUUGCUUUUGAAGAUCUGAAGCCCUGGGUGUCGAAUUUCACCUAUCCAGGUGUGCAUGACUUUUCUCAGCUUGCACUGGAUGCCAACAGGAACCAACUCAUUGUGGGAGCAAGGAACUACCUCUUCAGACUUAGUCUACACAACGUUUCUCUUAUUCAGGCAACAGCAUGGGGUUCAGAUGAGGACACCAGGAGGUCCUGUCAAAGUAAAGGGAAAACAGAGGAAGAGUGCCAGAACUAUGUCCGAGUGCUGAUUGUUUAUGGCAAGAAGGUUUUUACCUGUGGUACCAAUGCCUUUUCACCAGUUUGUUCCAGUCGACAGGUAGGAAAUCUCAGCAAAAUCAUUGACAGAAUUAAUGGAGUGGCUCGGUGCCCAUACGACCCUCGGCAUAACUCGACAGCUGUGAUUACAUCACGAGGGGAACUCUAUGCUGCAACUGUGAUUGAUUUUUCUGGACGGGAUCCUGCUAUUUACCGCAGCCUUGGAAAUGUUCCCCCACUUAGGACAGCACAAUACAACUCCAAAUGGCUCAAUGAGCCUAACUUUAUUGCUGCCUAUGACAUCGGCUUGUUCACCUACUUCUUCUUCCGUGAGAAUGCAGUGGAGCAUGACUGUGGGAAAACAGUGUAUUCUCGUGUGGCAAGGGUUUGCAAAAAUGAUAUUGGAGGGAGAUUUUUGCUGGAGGACACAUGGACAACUUUCAUGAAGGCCAGACUGAACUGCUCCCGUGCUGGAGAAAUCCCUUUCUAUUACAAUGAAUUGCAAAGCACCUUCUACCUUCCUGAGCAAGAUCUGAUCUAUGGUGUCUUCACUACUAAUGUAAACAGCAUAGCUGCCUCAGCAGUGUGUGCCUUCAAUCUGAGUGCCAUUACUCAAGCAUUUAAUGGCCCCUUCCGCUACCAAGAAAACCCAAGAUCAGCCUGGCUGCCAACAUUAAACCCCAUCCCUAAUUUCCAGUGUGGCACGCUGAACGAUGAGAGCCCUAACGAGAACCUGACAGAGAGAGUCCUGCAGGACGCACAGCGCUUGUUCCUGAUGAAUGAUGUGGUGCAGCCAGUCACUGUGGAUCCGUACAUCACUCAGGACAGCAUUCGAUUUUCCAAACUGGUGGUUGAUAUUGUUCAGGGGAAGGAUACACUCUACCAUGUCAUGUAUAUUGGAACAGAGUAUGGCACCAUCUUGAAGGCCCUUUCUACCACUAACAGGAGUCUGAGGAGUUGUUAUUUAGAGGAAAUGCAGAUCCUCCCUGAUGGACAACAGGAAGCAAUCAAGAGUCUCCAAAUCCUACACAGUGACAGGUCACUCUUUGUGGGUCUAAAUAAUGGAGUACUAAAAAUUCCUUUGGAGAGAUGCUCCAUGUACAGAACAGAAGGGGAAUGCCUGGGAGCCAGAGACCCUUACUGUGGCUGGGAUAGCAAGCAGAAGCAGUGUACCACCAUUGAGGACAGCUCCAACAUGAGCCUCUGGACCCAAAAUAUUACUGAGUGCCCAGUGAAAAACCUGACAACAAAUGGAAGAUUGGGGCCUUGGUCCCCAUGGCAACUGUGUGAGCAUUCAGAUGGGGACAGCACAGGCUCCUGUAUGUGUAGGUCACGUUCAUGUGACAGCCCUCGUCCUCGCUGUGGAGGUCGCAGCUGUGAAGGGGCCAGGAUUGAGGUCGCAAAUUGUUCAAGAAAUGGCGCUUGGACACCAUGGUCUUCCUGGGCCCCGUGCAGCACCUCCUGUGGGAUCGGCUUCCAAGUCCGGCAGCGAUCCUGCAGCAACCCCGCUCCACGCUACGGGGGCAGGGUCUGCGUCGGACAGAGCAGGGAGGAAAGAUUCUGUAAUGAGAACAGUCCAUGUCCAUUACCGAUUUUUUGGUCUUCAUGGGGACCUUGGAAUAAAUGUAGCGUGAAUUGUGGAGGAGGGAUUCAUUCAAGGCAGAGGUCCUGUGAAAAUGGAAACACAUGUCCAGGCUGUGCUGUGGAAUACAAGACCUGCAAUCCGGAAAGCUGCCCGGAGGUGCGCAGGAACACACCCUGGACACCGUGGAUGCCUGUCAACAUCACCCAGAACGGUGCCCGCCAGGAGCAGCGCUUCCGCUACACGUGCCGGGCGCAGCUCUCGGACCCCCACGAGCUGCAGUUCGGGAGGAAGAAAACUGAGAGUCGGUUCUGCCCCAACGAUGGCUCUGCAGUGUGUGACACUGACUCUCUUGUUGAUGACCUCCUCAAGACUGGUAAGACCUCUGCACGGAUUAUCAAUGGGGGCUGGUCCUUUUGGGGGGCCUGGUCUUCCUGCUCCAGGGACUGUGAGCUGGGCUUUAGGAUUAGGAAGAGAACAUGCACAAACCCUGAACCUAAAAAUGGUGGCUUGCCCUGUGUGGGGUCAGCGAUGGAGUACCAAGACUGCAAUCCUCACCCCUGCCCAGUGAAAGGCUCGUGGUCCUGCUGGACUCCCUGGUCUCACUGCUCAGCCACCUGUGGGGGUGGGCACUACCAGCGCACGCGGACCUGCACCAACCCAGCUCCGUCCAGCGGCGAGGACAUCUGCAUCGGGCUGCACACCGAGGAGGCCCUCUGCAACACGCACCCCUGCCAAGGUGGCUGGUCAGAGUGGUCAGAGUGGAGCCUGUGCAAUGAAGAGGGCAUCCAGUACCGCAGCCGCUACUGCGAGGUGCACAGCCCUGAUUCUUCCCAGUGCAUCGGAAACAGCACGCAGUACCAGGACUGCCUGUACAAUGAAAUUCCUGUGAUCUUGCCAGCCUCCAGCAUCGAUGAGAGCACGAACUGUGGAGGUUUUAGUCUCAUCCAUCUGAUUGCCACUGGGGUUUCCUGUUUCUUCGGCUCCAGCCUGUUAACGUUUGUGAUUUACGUGUACUGCCAGCGCUGCCAGAGGCAGUCCCAGGAGUCCACUGUCAUCCACCCAACCACUCCCAACCAUCUCCAUUACAAGGGCAACACAACGCCCAAGAAUGAGAAGUACACCCCUAUGGAGUUCAAGACACUUAACAAAAACAACUUGAUACCAGACGACAGGACCAACUUCUACCCGCUGCAGCAAACCAAUGUGUACACAACAACCUAUUAUCCCAGUACACUGAAUAAAUAUGAUUAUAGGCCUGAGGCCUCCCCUGGAAGGACCUUUACCAACAGCUGA